CCAGUGACAACCUAUAUGGUCAAAAAAUAAUAUCAAAAUGUGCUCAUGAUUUUCUCAAUAAAGUGUAUUUUAGAGAGAUAAUUUCUCUCAUAUAGAUAUUGCAUGCGAGGGGUGAUACAAUGACGUUAUAGUCUGCCAAGGUAACAACUAUGACAUCACGGGACACACAGACAGCUGGAGACAAGGAUUAUGAAGAAAUCUGCCAAAUUGGUUCUGGGGCAUUUGGAACAGUGUUUAAAGCGAAAGAUCCGAACAAUGAUGGCAAGUUCGUAGCUUUAAAGAAGAUCCGAGUCCAAAUGUCUGAAGAUGGAAUUCCAAUGAGUACAAUACGAGAGAUUGCUCUUCUAAAGCAGAUUGAAGCCUUUGAACAUCCUAAUAUUGUUAGAUUGUUUGACAUCAUAGUAGGCAACCGUCCCAGGGGAAGCAGAGAGGCCAAUGUUACACUGGUGUUUGAACAUGUGGACCAAGAUCUAGCAUACUACCUUGAAAAAUGCCCCUCUCCUGGAUUAGGCCCUGAUAGAGUUAAGGACCUAAUGAAACAGCUGCUGUUAGGGGUAGAAUUCUUGCACUCCAGAAGAAUAGUCCACAGAGAUCUGAAGCCCAAGAAUGUCCUAGUCACGAACCAGGGCCAGAUUAAACUGGCAGAUUUUGGCUUGGCUAGGGUCUACUCAUUCACAAUGGCAUUGACUUCUGUGGUGGUGACAUUAUGGUACAGGGCACCAGAAGUGUUGUUACAGUCUGCCUAUGGUACAGCUGUAGAUCUUUGGAGCUGCGGUUGCAUAUUUGCUGAACUCUUCAAUAGAAGACCUUUAUUUCGUGGUGAAAGUGAGGUUCAACAACUACAUGAAAUUUUCAAAGUUAUGGGUUCCCCUUCAGAGUGGCCUGAGAACUGUGCUGUACCCAUGACUUCAUUUGCCAGAUAUACUGGUCAGCCUAUAGAGAGCAAGGUGCCAGAGAUUGACCACAGGGGCAAAGAUUUACUUGAAAAACUUCUUGCAUAUAAUCAGCACCAGAGGCCUAGUGCAGAAGAUGCCCUGAAACACCCAUAUUUCACUUCGGAAACCGAGUCCCCCAUAUCUAGGAGUGCCUUUGCGAGCCCUGUAGAAUCCACCUCCCACUUCCUUCAACAAGACUCACCAUUCUCGAACCUCUUUAACAAUAAUGGCCAACAGGGGCGCAACAACAUUGAUAAUAGUACCAGAGGCUGUGGAUUUUUAGAGCCUCGUUUUGAUUCUAGCAGACGGCAUCAUGGAAAUGAAAUAUUGGUGGGCGGUAAUGGACAUGGAUAUGAUACAAUUGAUGGAAAUAUUACGGAUAAUACACAGAGACCAUUUUGUAACCAAAAUGGUCAGGUAGGUGGGUCAAGUAGCGGGGUAGCCAACCCUAACACAGGGGGUAGUCAACUGUCAAGUCGCAAGUCUUCCUCCUCAGAUAGUGAUUCCAACCUCAUAUGUAAUGAAGACCUGGGAUAGAACUGUGCUAGAGAGCAUUUUAUAAUGUAUAACUCCCACUCAUAUCAGAUGCUAUGACAUACAUGUGCAUGUCUAUGUUGAGAGUACCUCAUGUAUGUAGCUCACACAAGGGACCAAUUCAGUCUAUUAGUCUUCCAUGUAAUAUAAUCUAGUAAAGGUUUUAACAAGCCUCAUAAGUCAAAAGUGUAAUAAUAUUGAUCAGGUAUAACAUACAACUCUUCAGAAUGGCAUAAUCAUUGGGCAUAAUUUCCCAGAUAGAGUGUAAUCAUGUCACGCUCACACAUAAUUGUCUCAUGGUAUUAGGGCAUGCAUUUUCAGGUAAUAUUUACAGUUUGGUCAAUGGUUGCAUUUGGUC